AUGGCUUUGGGGAACCACAGCACCAUCACUGAAUUCCUUUUCCGAGGGCUGUCUGCUGACCCUCACAUCCAGGCUGCGCUCUUUGUACUCUUCCUGGAGAUUUACCUCCUGACCGUUACAGGGAACCUGAUGAUGAUGUUGGUGAUUGGGGCUGAUUCUCACCUCCACACACCCAUGUGUUUCUUCCUGAGUCACCUCUCUUUCCUGGACCUUUGUUUAUCUUCAGUUACUGUGCCUAAGAUGCUGAAGGAUCUCCUAUUUGAGAAAAAAUCUAUCUCAGUAAAGGGCUGCCUGGCACAAAGCUUUUUUGUAUUUACCAUUGCUGGAAUUGAGUGCUUUCUGCUCUCAGCGAUGGCCUAUGACCGUUAUGCUGCCAUCUGCUACCCGCUGCUCUAUGGACAGAUGAUGAAAAAACAGCUAUGUGUGCAGCUUGUGUGGGGCUCAUGGGGUUUGGGUUCCUUGAAUGCAUUUAUCAACAUCCUUCUAGCUUCCAACUUGGACUUCUGUGGGAACCAUAUCAUUAGCCACUACAGCUGUGAGAUGCCCUCUCUCUACCUGCUGUCCUGCUCUGACAUCUCCACCAACCUCCUCGUCCUGUUGUGUUCCAGCCUGCUGCAUGGGUUUGGGACCCUCCUCCCAAUCUUCCUCUCCUACGCCCGCAUUGUCUCCACCAUCCUGAGCAUCAGCUCCACCUCUGGCAGAAGCAAGACCUUCUCCACCUGCUCCUCCCACCUCAUUGCAGUGAGCUUCUUCUUUGGCUCAGGAUUUCUCCGCUAUCUCACGCCAACCUCAGGAACCCCUCUGGAGUUGAUCUUCUCCGUGCAGUAUGGUGUGGUCACUCCCAUGCUGAAUCCUCUCAUCUACAGCCUGAAGAACAGGGAGGUGAAGGCAGGUGUGAGAAGAACACUGAGAAAAUAUUUGCCUUGGUCCAGGUGA